AGAGGGGCGGCAGUGUGGUGGCUGGGGCGGGCCUGCCAACAUGUGGUGGAGCAGUCCUGGCUCACCUCCGCCUACCGCUGCCACCCACGUGUUGCACACACUCAACCUUCACUGUUUACCCUCACUGGGGCUCUCUGCUCCUGCCUGAGUACUCCUGCACCAGAGUACUCCUCCCACCACCACACACCUGCAGCCAUGAUAACGAGAAUACAGAAUCACUUAACACCGUUUUUGAAGCUAUCAGGAUAACAACUAGUUAUCACUAGUGAUAUACUUUCGGUGUACAUGAUAUGACAUCCUGUUGGCUAGGAAAAUAAACUGGAAAGAAGAAUGAAGUUAGUGUGAAGGAGGUGUAGUGAGUGGGAGUGGCGCAGGGCGGCCAGUACCCGAGGGACGCCCUACACACGCCAGGACUACAGGAGGACCGUAGCGGAGACAGACGAGGGGACGACUCUAAUCCCGUCACCACGAUGAAGACCUGAUCAACGGGAGCAGUACUGAUGAUACACGCUGGGCAUGGUAGAGGGCAGCGCCACUACGCUGGGUAUAUGGUAGUGGGCAGCGCCACUACAUUGGGUAUGGUGGUGGGCAGCGCCAACAGGACGCGCACCACACGCGACGCGCCUCAUAAAAUGUGAUGGAAGGACAAAGUUUUAAGUUACAAUCGUGUCGUUGAAGCGACGUGGUGGUGGAGUAAUGUCACUGUGUUAUCAGAAGUGUGUGAUAAGGUAGGCGCCUGCUCCUGCUAGCCGCACAGGAAGCCGCAGGAGCUAGCUAGACCUGCCGGCCCCCACAGCUGUUGGAUAGGAUGCCGUACCUCGGAGACAGGCAGGAGCCCGAGCAUCCCAAGUUCACCACAGACUUCGGCUACGUCAAGAAGCUGCCAGGGGCAUUGAUCCUGGUGCAGCUGGUGUGCACGGGCCUGGGGUUCCUGCUGGCCCUGGGCGGCUCCCUCGUCUGGAUGGUCAAGUCUGGCCACGGCUUCUACACCUUCGUCUCCUUCGUCAGCUUCCUGAGCUGCGUGUGUUGGCUGGUCGUUCACGUCUUCCAGUUCUACACGCUCUUCAAGAUAGCCAUCAACUGGAACUUAGUGGGUUUGGUGUACAAUGGUGUCAACGGGUUCCUCAUGAUGGUGGCCAGCUGCGUUAUGGUGGAGGUGGCGUCCGAGGCCAGGGCGCUCAAGGCUGCUGGGGUGUUUGGGUUCCUGGCCUUCACGGGGUUCCUGGCGGCGCUGGUGUGGGAGGCGCUGCUGUGGCACAAGAACAGGGACUCCGGCGCUGGCUUCUCUAGCGCCUCCGUCGUCAGAGGACUUGAUCGACCUGACACGCCUGAGAGCGACUGUGUUGACGUGCGCGGGGUGGUGGCCGGCGGCGACGACCACGACGACGACGCCGCCGUGGGCCUCGUCGGCAUGAAGGCCAGACCCGUGUCCUCCUUCAUGCAGCAGCCCGCCCACAACGGGGAGGUGUCGACGCCCAUGCUGUACGCUCCGGGUUGGGAGAAGGACAAGGAUAGCCAGCCUGGCGCCAGCGACGACUUCGACUCUGAUCGCUCUGAGGGGUCCUCCCACUCCUCUGUGCAGGGAGAGUGGCAGACCCCUUCGUGAGCCCAGCCUCAAGCCCCCUUCCUGCUGGGGGAGUGGCAGAUCUCUUCAUGAGCCCAGCCUCAAGCCCCCUUCCUGCUGGGGGAGUGGCAAACCCCUUCGUGAGCCCAGCCUCAAGCCCCCUUCCUGCAGGGGGAGUGGCAGACCCCUUCGUGAGCCCAGCCUCAAGCCCCCAUCCUGCUGACACUAUAAUUUGAGUUCUAUCACUUACCCGCUAUAACAUUAAAACACAAGUGAAUUUUAGUGAACACAAGUGAAUUAUUCAGUGUGCAAAAGGGAGUGGAUUUCAGUUUCAUUCAGAUAACAACCAGGUGAACUAUGGUAAACCUGCAUUAUAGACAUACUAGUAAAGCCAUUCAAAUUUCACUGUUUUCUAUUACGUCGUGUGAACAUUCCCCUUAAAAGAUAAGUAUUUUCUCGAUUUGUUGUACAAUUUGAAUUUGAAAAUGUUGUAGAAACCGUUGAUGCAACACGUAAAUUUGCUGACUUGCAAAUGUGAAAGACAUUAUUAACUACGAAUUUCAACGCUGAAAUUACAAGAACGUACUGGGGAUUCCCGUAUAUGUCUCUGCCGCCACGCUUUUCUCCUAAUGGGAGCUGCCCUAGUGUGAGUCGGCUGUGUUCGUGUGUUUUAAUGUAUUAGUCGGCUGUGUUCGUGCGUCUCAAUGUGUGAGAUGGCUGUGUUUGUGCGUUUUAAUUAGUUGACUUUUUGCGUUAGCUAAGUAAAUAUAGAUGUUUAUCAUUGCUACUUGUUAUGUAUAGAUUCUGGACUACUAUUACUAAUUAUUGUUUUCUUGUAACUUGAAAUGUUUAUAUAUUAGAUAAUAAGCCACGUGAACUUCACUAUCAUAUAUGUUCAAAUGUUUCGCGAGUGAUGGUGUAUUAAGAGUUAGAUUAAUAUUUAAGAAGUAAAUUGAUUACGGAGUUUUAAGUGACAUGGAAGAAUGUUUCCUGAAAAGAGACGAGGCUACAAAUUUGUCAUGAGUACAAAAAAGACGAGGCUACGGAUACAAUAGAGGCUAGAACAGAGACGAGGCUACAGACACAGUAGAGGCUACAACAGAGACGAGGCUACGGACACAGUAGAGGCUACAACAGAGACGAGGCUACGGACACAGUAGAGGCUACAACAGAGACGAGGCUACAGACACAGUAGAGGCUAGAACAGAGACGAGGCUACAGACACAGUAGAGGCUACAACAGAGACGAGGCUACGGACACAGUAGAGGCUACAACAGAGACGAGACUACGGACACAGUAGAGGCUACAACAGAGACGAGGCUACAGACACAGUAGAGGCUACAACAGAGACGAGGCUACGGACACAGUAGAGGCUACAACAGAGACGAGGCUACGGACACAGUAGAGGCUACAACAGAGACGAGGCUACGGACACAGUAGAGGCUACAACAGAGACGAGGCUACAGACACAGUAGAGGCUAGAACAGAGACGAGGCUACAGACACAGUAGAGGCUACAACAGAGACGAGGCUACGGACACAGUAGAGGCUACAACAGAGACGAGGCUACGGACACAGUAGAGGCUACAACAGAGACGAGGCUACGGACACGGUAGAGGCUACAACACAGAGACGAGGCUACGGACACAGUAGAGGCUACAACAGAGACGAGGCUACGGACACAGUAGAGGCUACAACAGAGACGAGGCUACAGACACAGUAGAGGCUACAACAGAGACGAGGCUACGGACACAGUAGAGGCUACAACAGAGACGAGGCUACAGACACAGUAGAGGCUACAACAGAGACGAGGCUACAGACACAGUAGAGGCUACAACAGAGACGAGGCUACAAACACAGUAGAGGCUACAACAGAGACGAGGCUACGGACACAGUAGAGGCUACAACAGAGACGAGGCUACGGACACAGUAGAGGCUACAACAGAGACGAGGCUACGGACACAGUAGAGGCUACAACAGAGACGAGGCUACGGACACAGUAGAGGCUACAACAGAGACGAGGCUACGGACACAGUAGAGGCUACAACAGAGACGAGGCUACAGACACAGUAGAGGCUACAACAGAGACGAGGCUACGGACACAGUAGAGGCUACAACAGAGACGAGGCUACGGACACAGUAGAGGCUACAACAGAGACUAGGCUACAAACGACAUAUAGCAGACGGUGAAUAACUCAGUGCAUUUAUAAUUUAUAUGUGGCUGAUAUGUGUUCCACACUUUUCAUUAGUUUUGCUUUUCAAGGUGUCUAUAGUGACUAGAUAUAAGUGACUAUAUAACCGAGGGUGUUGAACACUUCGGGGAUGCGGCGAGACCCUAUAUUCAAGUCCUGACAGCGAAGUCGUAACAGCAGCGUCCAGGAAAGUUACAGCCCCGCUCCUGUGCCAGGUAAGUCCACUACGGGCUCACCAUAGCCCGUGCUACUUGGAACUUUUUGUUCCCAGUAGCUGAAUCUUAAGCAACAACAGCAGCGUCCACUUGGGGCCAUAUGUGCUGCAAACAAGGCAAUUGUCGUGUUUAAUAACACUGCCCUAGUAAGCGUUAUGUGGCUAGUGUCUGUCUGUGCUCUAGUAUCAAUAGUAUGGUUAUUUGUUAUCAGUAGGUAAUAGAAGUAUAGUGUUGAUAAAUAGAGAGAUAUAUAGAAUUUUUGUAUAGUCAGUUGUAACUCUUAGGGAAAUCUUUGAGGACAUAAUCCCAAAAGCAAACACACUGCCCUUUGUUGUUGUAACAAAGAAAUACUACAGAUAUUCCUGUGGGGAUGGAAGAGGGUUCGUCAUACUGCCAGUCUCACUAAUGUACUAUUCCUUCACCAUGUAACAUGUAAACCAUAUAUAGAUUGUGUGUGUGUAUACCCACGCGACUGAGUUCGAGUCUCCGAUGGUGCAAGUGAAUUAACUGAUAUAUAAUGAGUGUGUUGCACUGUGGUGUGGACGGGAGACAUCUCCCGUCACGCAGGGUGCAGUCGUACCUCCACAGAUCUCCAGUAUCAGCUCUUGAUACUGGUAAUGGCUAAAAAGGGCCACCACUUACGGGCUAUUCAUGCCCGUGCCACCUUUUGGAUGGUUUAAUCUUCAUCGUAAUCUUCAAGGAAGCACCUCAAGGUAUCAUCAAUCUGUGGUGUGUCAGUGGGGGUAAGUGGCCAGGUGACCACGCACAUCCACCGCUCAGGUCACGCUGGCUUACCUCAUCAAAUUAAACAAAGAACAUUUG